UCAUUUAAAUAUAACAUGUAUUGUAGUGUGCCACUUUGAUUUCUUUAGUCUUACCAUUGGUUGAGAAACCAGCUUUCAAUCACUGACAAUCUAUGCUGGCUUCAUUAGAUAGAUUUUUGGAUUUGUUAGUGUCAAAACAGAUCAAGGAUACCUGUAUUUCACUGUUUCCUGAAGGAUACCUUGUCUGAUGGCGGGUGGUACUCCAAUGUAUGGACUGAUGAAUGAGCUUCAUGACAGCGCAAGUAAAGGCCAGGUUGAACUGGUACUGAAAUUGAUUGGCACCGGUAAACAUAAUACACUUUUGAAUGCACAAAAUGAGCAAGGAUGGACUGCUUUAAUGUUUGCUGCCAGAAAUGGACAGACAGAUGUUGCUGAAGCACUUGUUCAAAAAGGGUGUGAUGUUUCCUUGAUGACUAAGUCCGGUCAGACAGCCCUUGAAAUAGCCAAGUUCUGGAAUCAUGAUUCAAUAGUGAACAUCAUAUCUGGUAAAUCAAAUGCUUCUACCCAGUUGGGUCAACUUCCUUCUGUUGAAGUCAAUUUCUUUGGAAUUAACCCAUUGGAUCGAUGUGCAGCACUACGGAUUAAACAGGACUGGAUCGAAGAACAGAUGCACCAACCUACAACAAGAUUUAUUCUUUUCCAUAAAUUAAACCCACUUGUUGUCUGCCGUGAUAACAUCUAUGAAAUAUGCCCUAUAUUUUACAAGGAUAUUUCAUUCAUGUUCGAUGUGGAGCCCAAACCCAUUUAUGUUUUCCUUGGACUUGGAAACCUGGAUAAAUCAGAAAAGAAUGAUGGUAGAAUCGCGUGGUUUGCACUGGAUGUUUCAAGCCUUCAAGAAGAAAAGGUCUCCGAGUUUCGUAAGGAUGCAGAAAUUUUAUCUUCCAAAAAUAGGUACGCUAUCAUGACCAUAGAUGAAAUGCAAGCAGGGGCUAUUGCUCAAUCCAAGUCUCUUCUCACCUGGCACCACAGGUACAAGUUCUGUCCAACGUGUGGUAGUAUAACAGACUGUGCGGAGGCUGGGUAUAAAAGAAUCUGUACAAAUAAAGAUUGUAUAAGUUUACAAGGUGUUAAUAACACAAGCUAUCCUAGAUUAGAUCCAGUUGUGAUUAUGUUGGUCAUAUCACCUGACAAGCAAAAGUGUCUUCUGGGAAGGCAGAAACAGUUUCCUCCUGGCAUGUUCUCCUGUCUGGCGGGAUUUAUGGAACCAGGCGAAACAAUAGAGGAUGCUGUUCGCCGUGAGGUGAUGGAGGAGAGCGGAGUGAAAGUUGAACUAGUUCAAUACCAUUCAUGUCAGCCUUGGCCCAUGCCUAUGCAAUUGAUGAUAGGCUGCUUAGCAUAUGCAACAUCCAGUCAUAUUCAAGUAGACCAAGACGAAUUAGAAAGUGCUUGUUGGUUUCCAAAGAAACAAGUCGCUGAGAUACUAAGCGGCAGUAAGACAAGUAGCGGAGAAGGAUUAUUUAUACCACCGAAGCAAGCUAUAGCACACCAACUAAUUAAAGCCUGGGUGGGAAUGAGUGCAAAUCUGUAGUGAGUCAAUAACCGUUAUUGAGAAUGUUUUUUUUUUUAAAGACAAUUUAUAAAUUACACAUGCAUAAAAAAUUUAUAUAUUGUAAUACUAGUCAUGUUUACCUCCAAAGCAAGCCCAGGUAAGCAUGGUUUCAAAUUUAUUGUCAAUGGCAAUUAGCAAUAAUAUGCAGUAAUUAUUUUAUAAAUAAUGAUAAAUAUUUUAGGAACAGCGUAUUUUAAACAAUUGAUAAAUGUAUGAAUAAUUUCUAUGCAGUAAAUUUCUGAAGUACAAAA